AGCUCCGAAUUGAUUUCUUUUUCUUUUUCUCGUAGCGUGGUCGGAGAUACAUGUGUUGCAAUGGAAGAUUGGCUGCAGAAUCCCACCGCCCACACGGCGUUAGACGAUAUUCUUCCUUGCGUCGACAACGCCACUGCCAAAGAAAUUCAGUCCGGAACCAAGAAUGUGAAUUACCAACUUGUAAGUUUGGUCAAUGGAGUGAUCAACACAAUCUCAAAUGCCAACCCCCCUGCAAAUGUCGCCCCUCCUCUGAAUUACAAUCAAUCCGGCCCGUUGGUGCCGCCUCUUUGCAGUCCGUUUCAUUCCAAUCUCACGGACCGACACUGCUCGGUGAAUGAAGUAGAACUGAGCAAAGCUCCUGAGGUUUGGACGACGUUCACUUGUCAAGUAUCAUCCUCUGGCGUUUGCACCAACACUGGCCGGUUGACUCCAACUUUAUACAACCAAAUGACAGCUGCAGCAAACGUGAGCUAUGGUUUGUAUCACUAUGGACCGUUCUUGGUCGAACUCGUAGACUGUACGUACGUUCGACAAGUGUUUACGGAUAUAAGUAAGAAUCAUUGUCCCGGGCUUCGACUAUACUUGAAAUGGAUAUAUGUCGGGUUGGUUCUGGUGUCGGGUGCUGUCAUGCUGUCCCUGAUCUUCUGGAUUAUAUACGCUAGAGAGCGACGACAUCGGGUUUAUACUAAGCAGUUUAUUUCCAGAGAUCCAGGAGAACAAGACAAGGGCAGCUAGGUAUCAGUCCAAUAUGCAUGACACUAGACACUCUUUGAGUACUUUUUCUUUCCAUGUACAUUAUUUUGUUGCAUGAGAACUGAUAGAGUUUCACUUAUUUGAUGAACUUCAUGUGAUUUUAUUUAAUGGUUGCCUUCUGUUUCCCUUUUAAA